GUCUUUGGAGGCACUAGACGUGGCUGGCCCUGAAUCUUCUUCAUUUAUAGUUAGAAUCUACAGCAUUUGUCAGUCUAGCAAGCUAGCAGUCUAUAGUCUAUAGUCAGUGUAUAGUGCUGUUAAGUUGUUAUCAUAAUGGAGGUGUACUCAUUCUGCCUCUUUUUCAUGUUGUAUGGUUUGCCAGCAGUUUUGUGCCAGCUUGACUGUACAGACCAAGUUUUUGGGAAUGAAAAUGAAACAGAAUAUACACUGAGGCCACAGAUACGAUGGUGUACCUCAACUUGAACGAUUCAGCAAAGUGCUAUGGUACCCUCUCCUCGUAUAAAUUCUGUCACUACCCCAUGACGACUGGGACAGAUUACAAUGCUUUUUUAGCUGUGUUUCGAAGACAAGGCGAUACCUACGUACCCGUAAUGGAGUCAGGAGCAUUUCUCCAAGUCACGGUUGCUCAAGCCUUCAACUGUAGUACUAGUGUGCCUGAGGGGUCAGGCAGUGUACAGAUUGAACCUGGAGAUGUAAUUGGAGUGUGUUUAGGGCCAUUACAAGGUCAAAGAGAACAGCUGAAUCUUGUUGGAAAUGAUGCAACUGGGUUUUCUGUCAGUGGUGUGUCUAUAUCUGGUAACUGCAAUUUAAAUACAGCAACGGUUACGAUUAGUGAACUGAUAAAUCUUCCAGACAGGAUUCUUCAUCUCUCAGCUGAAUUCUCUCCUUCUACCGAGCCCCCAACCCUACCUCCAACCACUGAUCCCCUAAACACUGAUCCCCCAGCCACUAAUCAACCAACAAGCUCAGGCUCUCUUGUUCCCACCCCAACAACUAAUCCACCAACAGGAGGAGCUGCCGCCGAUAACACAGCUGGAGUUGCAGUUGGUGUUGUGUUCGCUCUCUUAUUCGUGGCUGUCUUGGUAGCUCUGAUAGUGAUUGUCGUCAUCGUUAUUACAAAACGUGGGAAAACUUCAUACUCUCUAAGAGCCAAUAACAACCACCAAGCUAUCGGUAUUGAUAAUCAAAUCUAUGGAACUGGGGAGCUGGAGUCAAGCUUUACUGAUGGCAAAGAUGUUGAAAAUAAUUACGAAGUGCCUCAUGAAAAUGGUGAUAUCUCUCCAUAUGAGGUAGUGCCUCCCAAACGGAUUGGGACAAUGGCAGCUCCAGCAUCUCAUAAGAACCUGUCUGUUGCAUCGCGCUCAGCCACCAUGCCGUGGAACAUCCAGCCUGCUCCAUACGAAGGAAUGGCGUUUGGUGGUGAUGUGUACUCUUCUCCAAUUGAUGCAAUGAGAUACUCGGAACUUAUUGAGCAGAACAAGGAAGAAGACAUAUACAGUAAUGUGGACCCAUUCCAAGCACCUGCCGCAGAUGAAGAUGAGAUCUACUCGCAGCUGCAUUCCUGGGGCAUCCUAAACUUGUCCAGCAGCGAUGUUGUAAUAAAACGUCAUCUCGGCUCUGGUCAGUUUGGUAGUGUGGAACUUGGUCAAUGGAAUAGACAUGGAACUAAGCCAGUGGACGUGGCACUCAAGAGUCUCACCAAAACAUCAGAGGAGGACAAAGUCAAGUUCCUACAAGAAGCCGCCAUCAUGGCUCAGUUCAGACACCCUAACGUUAUCAUGCUUUAUGGAGUGAUUGCUAAAGAGGAGCCAAUGACGUUGGUUGUCGAGUUGGCCCAAAAUGGAGAUUUGAGAGAAUUCCUUCUUUCAAUGAGACCUGAGAGCUUUGGUGAAGAGUUAGACGAUCGUGCUCAAGAUGAUGGUACUAUAACAGAUGUGACUGAACGGAGGGAGAGGUCUAAGACACUGCCCCCUGAAUCCAGCACCAUGUUCCUGAAGUUCUCUCAACAAGUUGCUCUUGGGAUGCAGUAUCUGGCCGGCAAAGGAUUUGUGCACAGAGACCUGGCUGCUAGGAACAUUCUUGUAAUCAAAAAUAAAAUUUGCAAGGUGGCUGAUUUCGGUAUGUCACGUGACUUGGAGAAUGAGAGCUACUAUGUAUCCCACGGAGGAAAAAUUCCCGUCAAGUGGACAGCCCCUGAGGCCAUUCACUACAAGAAGUACUCGACUGCCAGUGAUGUGUGGGCCUACGAGUGUCUGCUCUAUGAGAUAUGGAGCAUUGGGCACAAGCCGUUUGAGGGAAUUCGAAAUGUGGAUGUUAUUGAGACUGUGGACUCUGGAAAACGAUUGCCUCCACCUCCUGGAAUACCAAAAAUACUCUAUGAGCUGAUGAUACUAUGUUGGCAUCCUGAGACUGAGCUUCGCCCUGCUUUCCGUGAUAUUGUGUUGACGCUGGUUGGAAAUAAAGAGAGAGUUUUGGACAUUCCCGAGGAAGACUCCUCCACUAACCCACUGUCUGUCGUAUUGGGAGCUCCACUGGAGGCCGGGGAGAACAUGUACUCUCAGCUGCAAAGUAGAUAUAUUGAUUACGCUGCACGUAAAGAAACUGAAGAAGACUAUUUUGAGAUUGAUUGAACCAGUACUUUUUCUAUUGUGUGCUCUCAAUUUUUAAUGUCAUGUUAAUUACUAUAAUUG